AUUGGUCAGAAAAUUAAUUCGUAGGCUAUUCUGAACACUGUGGGAAGAAACAGGAUGGGCCGCUUCGAUGCUUUGGAUCUGGCGAGACUCCCUGAACUUCCAAACGACACGCUGAUAUUGGCCAAAAUAAGAGGAGAAGUUGUGCCAAGGCAGUUACGGAAUUUAAGGACUUGCGAUUACGUGGACCUUCCCCGUGACCAGGGGCUUGGAGUUUUACCUAGCCGCGUUUUCAAGACUCCACCUGAGACGCUGCCAAGAGCUGUGAAGAAAGAUCAGGUUCUUCAGCCUAUUCAGGUUCCACCUACCCUGCAUUUCUCCUACAAGACCAAUUGGGAGGAUUACCUUGGGCCUUUUGACAUGGGCGUGACUUACGCCAUCAGUGUUUAUCACUUUGCCAUGAAAAAAUGGCAAAGGUGCCUGAGAACCGCGUGGCUGAUGGACAAGGAGGCAGCUGGCCAUGUCUGGGGACUCCUGGCACUUGUGUACCGAGAGACCAGAAGUGUGACAGGGCAGGACAUUGUCAAAUUGCUCAUGUCAAAUCCACUGGCCUUUGAGAAAGAUGAGAAUCCUCUCUCCUCUGGCGAAGGACACCAGGCCCUUGUCAACCUCAUCAUCUUUGGCAAAAAAGAAGAAGCUGAGCAAUUAGCCAAGAGGGAUGCUCUCUGGGACCAUUGGGUCAUACUGAGGGGCUUUGCCAAAGGCGAAUGCGAUGCCAUUAUUAUGAGGCUUAUUAAACACCUCAAACCAAGUGACCCCAUGAAGACCUAUUUCCAAAUCUUGGCGGGGACAGUUCCAGCAGCUUCUUGUGAGUGGGGCAAUAACAGCUGGGGUGACUGGCGCCCUCAUCUGGCCAUGGUUCUUUGCCAUCUGAACCAAAACGACCAGAAGAAGGAGAUCAUGGCAGCAAUGACAGCAUCCUUGAAAUCAUAUGGAAGGCCCAACUCGGCAUUUCUCUGUGAUAUAAUAAUGCAUUUGCAUUGUGGCAUGUUUCUGGAGGUAUCCGAUUCCAGCAUUAGGGAAAACAGCAGGUAAGACAAAUACAAGAAACACACAAUCUGUAAAAUCAGCACUUGAAACAAAUACAUGUGACACACAGUUGACUUACAGUAACCAUAACCAAACGGCAUUGUACCUUGUGGAUCAAGAGGUAAGACAAACCUCAACAAACUUUAUCCAAAGUAACUAUAACAGAACUGUUUUUGAUAUAAGUAUUUCUUGUAUGGCCAUGUAAUCACCAUAGUGGACCACUUCUGACCAGGGCAGAAGUCGAGAGGGGGGAGGUCUAUAAGUACGUGCUGGACCUAAGAACAGACCAGCCGUUCAUCUCAAAGUAUCAGAAUUACAGAACAGUGUACUCCAGAAUGCUGUUGCGAGCUGGCUACAUCCAGCAAGCGCUGCAUUUCUGUGAGUCAGCGGGAACAACACUGUUGUACUCUGAGGAGGUCAACCAUGGA